CAGCCCUGGGCUGGGAAUCUCCGGAGUCCUUUCAGCGCGACUCGGCUCAACACCACGCGAGCAGGCCGCUGCUGCGCCGCGAUACCGACCUUCAGCUCUCGUCGUUGUCGGCCCCUUGGAUCAUACAUGCGCAUUGCCCAUACACAUUGUCAGCAACAUGACUUUCUGGAAGCGACCCGCGGCCCGCGACGAGGCAGGCUUCGACCCGGCCUUUCGAUUCGAGACCUCUUGGAUUCUCCCACCAGCUAUACUCUUUGGCAUUCGCACGUUCCUCUCGCUCUACGCUUUCGUCACGCUCUUCACUAUCUUUGGGUGGAAUGGCAGCCAUAGCUUGUCCGCGGAAUCGAGACACUCCUUCUCGUACUUCACCAACUUGACGUACUGGGGGCUCGCCUUCUACUAUGCUUUCAGCGCGCUCCAUACCUGCAGCUACUGGCUCACAGGCACGCCGUUCCUUUCCCGGUGGCCGCGAGCUUUCCAGAUCGCCCACAGCAUGUACUAUUCAACCAUUGUCGUAUACCCUUGGAUUGUAACCGCCGUGUAUUGGGCGCUUCUGGCACCGGACAGCGGCUUCCCCUCCACCUUCGCGACUUGGUCCAAUACCUCGCAGCACGCGCUCAACGCUGUGUAUGCUCUGUUCGAGAUCGUUUUCCCCCGUACCGAACCGCUACCUUUCCUCCAUCUUAUUCCAAUCGUCCUGAUCCUCGCGUCAUACCUAGCCUUGGCAUAUAUCACGCAUGCAACCGAAGGAUUUUACGUCUACGACUUCCUCGACCUGGACACGAAUUCGGACGGCGAAGUUGCUGGUUAUAUCGUGGGCAUCCUAGUUGGAGCAAUUAUCAUAUUCCUCAUCGUGAGGUAUGUGAUACUGCUGCGUGUUUGGGUCACGGAGAAAAAGAUGGGCAAUAUUGGAAAAUUCAGCGAUCGUGGAAGGACACGGGUGGUAGAUGAGGAGACCGGGAAAAGCAUACCUUUGCACAACAUCAGGGCGAAUUAGUGCAGACCUUGCAAGCGUGGGCAGUCCUGCUAUCGAGUUUCGUUUCUUACAGUACAGAUACCCCGGUUAAUCAUCGCCCGCAAAUACAUUUAUUCACCCGCCUCCGGUCGUUGCC